AUGGGGGCUGCAAAAUACUCAGGUGGUUUAGGCUUUAGGGAUAUGGACAGCUUCAACUCAGCAAUGCUGGCCAAGCAAUGCUGGAGAGUUUUAACUGAUCCGGGAUCCUUGUCAGCCACAAUUCUUAAAGAGAAAUACUUUAGAAGAAGGGAUUUGAUGUCAUCAAAGCUUGGUUGGAGCCCUUCAGUUAUAUGGAGAAGCUUAUGGGGUGCUUUGAGAUUACUCAAAGAGGGAGUUCUUAGUAGGGAAGCAAAGGUUGCUGAGUUAAUGGAGGAUGGUAAAUGGAAGAUGGAGGCAGUGGAAACUGUGUUGGGAAGUGAAGAAGCCAAUAUUGUGAAAAUGAUUCCUGUAAGCAGAAAGGGUGCCAAUGACAAGCAAAUUUGGGGCUAUACAAGAAAUGAGAUCUUCUCAGUAAGGAGUGCAUAUAAUUUAUAUAUUGAACUGCAAAACAGAAACAAAGGGGAAUCCUCUAGUAGGAAUUAUGGAAGUGGUAGAUGGAAGGCUUUAUGGAAAAUGGAAGUUCCUACAAUGAGAGAAGUUGAAAUUGUGGGCCAUGCUAUAUGGAGUUGUGAAGCUGCAAGGGAUGUAUGGGCAGAAAAUGCCAGUCCUCUCAGGAAGUGGUCCUGCAGUGAUGAGAGCUUAAGUGAAGUAUGGGAAAGAAUAAUUCAGAAGUUGCCUAAAAUGGAAGUUGAAAUGGUAGUUGUGUCCAUGCGAAAAAUCUGGCUGAGAAGGAACAAACUGAUUUUUGAAGAACAAUUUACAGGGCCAAAGUGUUUGAUUAGUCAGGCUAUUGAAGACAUGGAGGAAUACAGAGAAGCUCAAAGGGUGGGAGAGGUGAAUAGGCAGUCAGUUAUAGCAGGUGGCAGAGAAGUGAAAUGGAAGAGGCCUGGAGAAAAUAUAGUAAAAAUCAACUGGGAUGCAGCUUAUGAUCAGAAAUCUCUAAAGAUGGGAGCUGGUGUGGUGAUAAGGGAUGAGGAAGGUGGAGUCCUUACAUGUUUGUGUAUGCCUAGAACUAAUAUCUGCAGUCCAAUAGUUGCUGAAUUACAAGCAUUAUGGCGAGCUGUCGAGGUAUGUACAGAACUGAGGUUUUUAAAUGUUGAAUUUGAGGGUGAUGCCCUGACCAUAGUUAAUGAUGUAAACAAUAGAAAUGAAAACUGGGCUUAG